UUUACUUUGUCGUCACAAUCAAGCGCCAUAUUGCUUCCGCUUCAGCGUAAUUUUUUUCUGUCAGGUUGCUAAGACCGACUCUGCAGAAAUGCUUUCCAAAAUAAUCGGACAGAAAUAUAUUCAAAUUGGAAAGGCGUGGGUCCCUACGCUAGCUGCAUGGGGAGGUGUCGGAGGCAUCGCAGUUAUCCACUUUACAGACUGGCGAUUGAUCCUGGACUAUGUGCCCUACAUAAACGGAAAAUUCAAGAAGGAAUAGGUGUGUGCAAAUUUCUAGGUCCAACAUUCUGCUGCUGAGUGAAAGAUUGAGACGGACAUCCCAACCCGGAGAUUCAUGGCCACAGCUCCACCACAUGCAACGGGCUCAUCAUCAUCUUUCUUCUGUUUAACAGUGCUAAUAAAGCCGUGAUUUAUUUCUGGGACAGUCCAUCUUUUUUUUUUGUUGUUGUUGUAAAUGUAACAUAAAUUGAUUUCUUGUGAUACAAAUGAAUUCUGGCCCAAUAUAAAUUACAACACUGAACAACUAGCUACAUGAUGGAUUGUAUUUCUAAAUCAUUUUUUUGAAUAAACCAUUCAAUGAUGAUCAUCUACAA